GGCCCAGGUGGUUUAAUGUUUGGUUUACCUUUGAUCAGGUCUGACCCCGCUGCCUUUGAGUCUCGCCUGGAGAAGCGCAGUGAGUUUCAGAAGCAGCCAGUAGGGCACUCCAGGCAAGGUGACUUUAUCAAGUGUGUGGAGCAAAAGACCGACACCUUGGGGAAACAGUCUUUGAGCGGAGGAUUCACUAAGGACAAGACUCUCAGUUCAAUCUUUAACAUUGACAUGGUGAAAGAUAAGACUGCAGAAGAAAUAAAACAGAUUUGGCAGCAGUAUUUUUCAGCAAAAGAUACAGUCUACGCAGUUAUUCCUGGAGAAAAGUUUGAUUUGAUCUGGAACCGUGCCCAGUCCUGUCCAACAUUCCUGUGUGCCCUACCAAGAAGGGAAGGUUAUGAAUUCUUUGUAGGACAAUGGACAGGUCCCGAACUCCACUUCACCGCACUGAUAAAUAUUCAGACCCGAGGGGAAGCUGCGGCCAGCCAACUGAUUUUGUACCACUACCCUGAACUGAAGCAUGAAAAAGGGAUAGUGCUGAUGACAGCAGAAAUGGACUCCACAUUUCUGAAUGUUGCUGAAGCACAGUGCAUUGCCAACCAAGUUCAGCUCUUCUACGCCACUGACCGGAAAGAAACCUACGGGUUAGUGGAGACCUUUAACCUCAGACCAAAUGAGUUCAAAUACAUGUCUGUCAUCGCAGAAUUGGAGCAAAGUGGACUUGCAGCAAAACUGAAAUGUGCCCAGAACCAGGAUAAGACUUAGAGCUUCUACACGUUGGCUCCACUCAGGGUCUGAUUAACCCUGGGUAAUUUAUAGCCCACCCACUUGAACUACAAAGAACUCAACUUGUAAUCCUGAGUGGGCUCUAAUGAGUUGUCCUAUGUGUUUGCUGCGAGGUGAGCCCUACUUCUUGAUAUUCAGAUCCAAGGUACCCAAACUUUCUGAUAAUACUUGCCAGCAUAUCUGAGACUUCCUUUUCAGAGACUGUAGUCAAAGCAAGAGAUAGUGAAGGAUCUACAGGGUGUUUACUUGGCUUUAAUGCACCAGUGCGUGUUGGAUGUUGUUCCUUCGGACCUCCCAGCACCCACAUGAUCAGCCCCUCCGCUGUGUGAACUUGUGGCAGAAUAAUGAGCUGAGAGUCCUGCUCUAGUUAGAUGUGAGCUCUUGUGUCCUCUGCCCUGCCCUCCUUGGCCAUCCAAAGAUAUAACCUGGAUAUCCUUAUUUAGAGUCUAGAUAACUAGAUGUUCCCAUCAGGAUAAAGACUUCAUCCAGAUGUCCCCAGCUUUGCCUUUAGUGUAGCUGGUGUGAGGUGUCAACAGACUUCAGGUAUAAUUAGAUACACGAGUACCGUGCCUGCAUGUUAUUAAAGCGUAUGAAGUGGCGCUUGCUUCUCUAACUCAGCCUGUUAGAAAUUGUGUAUCUGAAGGGGAUAUAUCAAUAGUGUAAAUAAAUCAACAGCUUUGUAAGGGGAAGAUCAAUCUCGAUUUGCAUGAUUUUAUUUAAAGCAAUUCCAAGCAGUGCCAUUGUUAUAUAAAAUAGUAGGUGGAAGCAAAUGUUCCCAGACUGAGCAUGGGGGAAAUAUAGCAAUAAAAUCAAGCCUAACUUACGAUCAUUGUUACACAAAACCGUGAAAUCGAAGCCUGUGCUGUCCCAGGUGUGUCAGUCUGUGGGCUGAUUUCAUCAAGACCAGGCUUGAGACUCAGAACAGAUUCUUGAAACGCUGACAAUGAGAAAGGAGCUCUCCAGAGUUGGAAUCCACGUGUGGUCGGUAAUUUCACUGUUGUGACUUCACGCCCAGCGAUAGAAAAGGGUGCUGCUUACAUCCAGCCUUCUGAACCCAAGGCCCCGGGGCCAUCAAAUUGUCUGCCACUCCUGUUCGGGGGUAGCAUGCUCCUCGUCAAGGGCGCCUCCUGCCUAAGUUCUGGUUGGGACACCACAUAUGGUGCCUGGGAAUUUAACCGGUGUUUGCAGUUUGUGUGUAUGUGUGCUUGUUAAGAGAGGAGUUUUAGAGUUGGGGCUGGUCUCCAAGCUCUUUGCAUGGAAUUGGAUUUGCCGUUAUAUUCUGAGCAGUAUCUGUUUUGUUGUAUCACUGAGUCUGUGUAGAGAAAGACAGUGUUUCGCCUGGAGAAGCUGCUAACCUUUCACAAUUUCUGUAAAGGUUGAGCUGAUUGCUGAUGAACAUUCUGGACCUACCUCUGAACAUGGCAGUUCAUCUUUUGAGACAUUUUGGUCCUAUCAGCCGGCAAAUGCCGUCUUCCUUAACUGCCCACUGACCGUCCUAAUUCUUUUAGGCCAUUGCUUUCAUGAUUAUCCAGUUCUCUUUGCUUUUCCCUCCAGAUGGAGGGAAACCUCCACCAAAGGGUGAGGAAAUGACGAGAAAAGAAGUGGUCAUUCAUUUCAUUAUUUGUCCCAGCUUUGCCCUAAAUCCCUACGUGCAAAAAAAAAUGGGGGGGGGGUGUAUCUAUAGAUAAUGACCAGAGUACCUUCUAGCUGUGGUUUAUAUUUGUUUAGAGAAAUCUGGCAAAGAACUGAAAGCCGUGGCUUCAGUGCAUUGGUCCCCUGGUCCCAGCACAGUGUUAUGGAAAACAGACAGUCCUUAAAGUUAAGUAGAUCUUGGUUCAAAUGUCAGCAUGGCUCUUCAUUAGCUCUACAAGGUUGGACAAGUUAUAUAAACUCGCGUUCUGGGUCUUCACCUGCAACACAGGGAUGAUAGUGUCUACCUCAUAGGACUUUUGUGAGACUCAAAUCAACGGAGAUUAAAGUAAAGCUCGAUCACUGUUAACCUGCUCUUCUCCUAUUAAAGACCCACACCGAUUAGCCUCUCAGAUGUGCAGGUCAUCCUUCAUUCCACUUCAAAGAGCAACACUUCUCUCACUAGUUCUCCCACUUUAGCUUGCAGUAGAAUCACGUCAUAGACUUUAAAAUGCAGACUCCCAGGCCUCACCCCUCACCUACUGAAUCAAAAUCUCUAAAGAGUGUGCUGGGAGCCUGCAUUUUAAUCUGCACUCCAGGUGAGUCUGGUGCGGGUAAUUUAGCCAGCCCUCUGAGAAUCCUUGCCUUAUCUGUUUCACAAGAAUGCCCAGUUGGCCAGGUCUUUCUUCCCGGCGGUAUCUAGGAUUUCAGUUUUACUCUGGACCUCCCAUGUGAUUGCAGAAUCCAACGGCAUUGUGUUCAUGUAUGUCUUCUCUCCCACCAGACUGUGAGCUCCCUGAGAGUCAGGAUCUGUCUCUACCCUCCAGUGCCACAGGCAUGGCCUGGAACUUAGAAAACUGUUCAACUGUUGGCUGAGUAAAUAAAUGGCAUGAAUUUUAGCCAAAACAUUA